GAUGUGAUAUGCAUUGAUAAGACACGUGUUGUAUUGCAGGAGGGAGAAUCUGACUAUAUUCACGUAAACCACGUUAAAGGUGAUCCAUUCCUGAACUCAUUCAUUUGUACUCAGGGACCAAUGAAAAUAACAGUAAACGAUUUCUGA